CCUUAAUUUUUUUUUGGAGUGAGGCGAAAAAAACCGCCAGACCUUGCCUCGCCCAGUAGUAGUUUAGUGUGCAUGCCCGGCUCCGAUUCGACCAACUGCGAAAGAGACCAGAUCCGCUUUCCCUUUGCUGCUCUCCAUCCUCUCCGUCUUCAAUUCCCACACCGACUUGACUUGGACCACGACACGGCAUUCACCCGCCAUUUACGAGAGCCAAACACGUAUCGCGUCGAUCGAUACAAAACGAAAAAAGAAUCCGGCCUUUACAAAACGAAGGGCUUCUUAGCACUGCGUCAAUACACAUUCGCAAACUUAAUUUACACAAACCGCCAAGAUGGGUCUCAGCAUCAGCAAGCUGUUCGACAGGCUGUGGGGGAAGAAGGAGAUGAGAAUUUUGAUGGUCGGUCUCGAUGCCGCCGGUAAAACCACGAUUCUGUACAAGCUGAAGCUCGGCGAGAUCGUCACCACCAUUCCUACCAUCGGCUUCAACGUCGAGACCGUAGAGUACAAGAACAUUCAGUUCACCGUGUGGGAUGUGGGUGGCCAGGACAAGAUUCGUCCUCUGUGGAGACACUACUUCCAGAACACCCAGGGUAUCAUCUUCGUCGUCGACUCGAACGAUCGCGAUCGUAUUGUGGAGGCACGCGAGGAGUUGCAGCGCAUGCUGAACGAGGAUGAGCUGCGGGAUGCUAUCUUGCUUGUCUUUGCCAACAAGCAGGAUUUGCCGAAUGCCAUGAACGCUGCCGAGAUCACAGACAAGCUUGGUCUCCACAGCUUGAGACAACGCGCUUGGUACAUCCAAUCGACCUGCGCUACCUCUGGUGACGGUCUCUACGAGGGUCUCGAAUGGCUGGCUACCACCCUGCGCAAGGCAGGCCACCAGUAAAGAAAGCAGAGCGCGGGUAUUGUCUCCUCUCCCUCGGUCAGCGUCAAGAUUCGGUUGUACUUCGGCCAAGUUUUCCAUCAGAACAAUCGAUUAGCCUUUUUCCUUCCUCUUCAACAACACCCCAAUCCAUGAACCUGCAUAAACGUGGUGGUCUCUGUCUGGUCCUUGAUCCUCAGAAACAAAAAAAAAGUGCAGAAAGUCGCAUUAUCUAGAGGGACUUUUUUAGUAUUCGCUAUUUUUCUCAUUCCUGCUUUUUUCUACGCGCGACUGCUGCCUUUUUUUGGUCAAAGAAUGAAACGAUUUCUUUUUCUCUCUUUCUGUGGUAUUCGUUUCCGGGAAGAAAGGGGCGCGUUGGGGUUGGAAUCUUUCUGUACAUUUUGAAACAACGGCGGAAUGUGUUUUUUUGUGUCUGCCCUCUUUUUGUGAUUCCCUCCAUGAGUAGAGCUAUGGGGAUGCAGAAGGGAGUUACGCAGCCUCUUAA